AUGAAUCGUUUCUUCGGCUAUUCUUCGACACCUGGAGCAGACGAGCCAUCUGCUCCGCAAGGUCUUCCCGCAUCAUGGUAUCGCUCUUUGGAGAUGUACGAACUUGAGAGGCGCGCCAUCUUUUCCAAGAAAUGGUUGCUUGUUACUCACAGGCAUCGCUUCUCCAAGGCUGGUGAUUACGUUCGCUUCACUGAGGCCGGCUUUUCCUUUUUCCUGUGCAUGGACCGUCAAGGCAACGUGAACGCAUUUCACAACGUCUGCAGACACCGAGCGUAUCCUGUUGUCAAUGAAGAUAGCGGGACUGCAAGCAUCAUUGCCUGCAAGUACCAUGGCUGGUCGUACUCUCUGAACGGCAAGCUUGCUAAAGCACCACGUUUCGACACUGUCGAAAGCUUUGACAAGGCGAAAAACGAUCUCUACCCUAUCCAUACCCACAUCGACGCACUUGGAUUCAUCUGGGUCAAUCUUGAAGCCGCGAAGGUGCCGAGCGCAGACUGGACAGAUGAUUUCGGAGGUGUGGAUUUGCAGCCUCGCUUAGCUCAGUUCCAGAUGGCCGGAUACACUUUCGAUCAUGCAUGGUCGAUGGUCGGAGACUAUAACUGGAAGACACUGGCUGAUAAUUACAACGAGUGCUACCAUUGCCCUACAGCGCACCCAGGUGUUGUUUCUGUAUCAGAUCUGUCGAAGUAUUACGUCGAUACUCAAGCCGGCCAUAUCCAGCACUUCAGCACCGACAAAUCCGAAGAUGCUGGCCUCAAAAUUGCAAGCACUUUCUACUAUCCCAACGCUUCACUUACUUUAUCGCCUCAUUUCUUCUAUAUCAUGCGCUGCGUCCCGGCCUCCGUCACUACCUGUUCCAUGGAGUAUGAGGUAUACCGGCACAAGAACGCUACCGAUGAAGAGUUCCACAAAAUCGACUCGCUCUUCAAGCAGGUGCUAAAGGAAGACAAGGAUCUUUGCAACGCAGUGCAGAAGAACCUUAAUGCGGGAGUAUUCGUCAACGGAAAGCUACAUCCUUUCAACGAAAAAGUAUAG